AUGGCACAGCAGCAAGCAGCAGAAGAAGAAGCUCAAGUUCAGAGCAAUUUUAUCUUGCUGAGGGACACCAAAGCAAAGGAUCUGCCAAAAUGUGCAAAGGAUUGGCUGCGUUACCAGCAACAUGCCUCGAAAGGGCCAAAGAAAUAAAAUCAAAGCUAGGCAUAUUGCUGCAGAAGCCGGAGAUGAUCUCUGAGUACAUCAUCCCGUACUCAGAUAAAGCUGAGAAAUCAGCCAAGCCCCACAGGCCUUCCCAACUAGAGGCACUGAAGUGGCGUGAAUCUCUGGAGAAGCUUCUGAUGAACAAUUAUGGGCAGGCUGCCUUCAAAGCUUUCCUCCAGUCAGAACAUAGCGAGGAGAACAUUGAGUUCUGGAUGGCCUGUGAGGACUACAAAGCAACCAAAUCAGCCAUUAAGCUGGCUUCCAAGGCAAAGAAGAUCUAUGAGGAUUUCAUUGAAAAAGAGGCUCCAAAAGAGAUCAAUGUUGAUCACUACACCAAGGAGAUGACCCUGAAGAGCCUUGUUGAUCCUUCACCUUCAACCUUUGAACUGGCUCAGAAGAAAGUGCUGAAUUUGAUGGAGAAGGAUUCAUUCAGCAGGUUUCUGAAAUCUGAACUGUAUCUGGAGCUGACAAAGUAACAAUGUAGCUGGGCUGUGCAAAGGGAGGGUGGAAUAAAAUCAUUGAUAUCUCCCACAUAGUCGCUAACUGAAUAUUCUCUCACUGCUGUUAGCUAAAACAAAAUAUUCCAAGUGUUAUUUCUUUAAAGCUUUGGGCACCAUGCUGGCAUCAAUUAAAUCUAACACUUGUCUUUGCAUAGCCCUGAAAUAAACAGGUACCAUCUAUGGGAAAGUGUACCUUUUAAUGUUG